AUGGGCACUGUUGUUGGAGCCAAUCGAAACGUAAACAUGUCAAAAGACGAAAUUAUUUUAGAAGGGCAAUUUGAGGUGUUUCCUAGGGAUAAGAUAGUGUAUAAAGUUGAGUGCACGAGAAGUGGAAUAACAUAUUACCCAUUAGAUGGUGUUAAAUCAAAUAAAACUCUUAAAUACAUACAUUUUGGUGAUGUUGUUGGUUGUAGAUGCAGGAAAUCAUUGGACCAAAAACAUUCUAAUAAAGCUUAUUUGACAGUGUUUUCAUAUCCUGUGCGAAAGAAAUUUUUUGGUGAAAAAUUUGUGCGUUUCAAAAAUCACAUUACAUUUGCACGAAGUUCCGACGAGUCGUUUGACGGUAACAGAAAGGCUGUCGAGAAAUGGAGGCGUGUCAUUCUACAUCUCUGUCAAGAGCUACAACUGGAUAAAAAGGAUGUUGACCACUGUCCAGUGCCUCCCAAAACCCGACUUUUGGUGCUAGUAAACCCCCAUAGCGGGCCAGGCAAGGCCAUGCAGAUCUUCCAAAAACAGGUUGCUCCUAUGUUAGAUGAGGCUGACAUUCAGGUCAAGGUCAUUCAAACAGAGUAUGCAGGCCAUGGCAAGGAAAUAAUGAAAAAAGUUAACAAGAAAGACUACUAUGGGGUCGUCAUUGUGUCGGGAGACGGCCUAAUUUAUGAGGUAGUCAAUGGCCUUAUGGAUCGUCCCGACUGGAAGGAUGCUAUCAAGUUUCCGAUCGGCUGUCUUCCCGGGGGCUCGGGGAACGCUCUCAGCUGUGCCAUAAACUAUUCUGCUGGUGAGUCUAUCGAGAGUGACCCAGUUCUCCACGCAACAUUUAUCCUCAUCAAACAUCGAGUGAUCCCGAUGGAUCUUGUUAUGAUAGAACAGCCCUCGUCUCGCGUUUACUCCUUCCUUUCCGUGUGCUGGGGUCUGAUCGCGGACAUCGAUUACGAGAGCGAGAAGUUCAGGGCCAUCGGGGAAGCCAGAUUUACUUUGCAGGCUUUAAGACGGAUUCUGUCUUUGCGGAAGUAUAAAGGACGGCUGUCAUUCCUGCCCGUGUCAGAAUACAUUCCAAAAUCAUCCAACAAUAACACAACAAAAUCACUUCAUAUUCCAACAAAAAACCGUCGCGUCUCCAUGGACGAUUUUGAAAAUGGUGAUAACGAUGCUUAUGACAGACUGAGAACUAAAUCAGUGCCAUGGAAACUGUACAAUAAAAAAUCUUUCUCAGAAUCUGAGGAAGUCGAAGAAAAAAUUGAUGAAGAGUUAGCCGAUGUGCAGGAAUCAAUGGCAUCAGGCGAUGCUUUACCAGAGAACACAGGUAGUGACGAAAAGUCACCUGCCAAUGGUGAAAUCAAAUUUGCACUUGAAACCGAAAAUAACCUUGAUAACAUGGUUUCAGGGAACGGCAAACCAGGGGACACAAGUAGUGUAAAUUGUGUACAGGAAGUUAUUCGAUUGCCAAAAAGUGUUGACGGGAAAAUUCCUUCAAUAUUACCUCCCUUGGAUAAGCCAUUGCCAUCAGACUGGGUGACUCUUGAUGAGGAGUUUGUGUCAGUGGCUGCAUGCUAUCAAACCCACCUCGGAAGUGACAGCAUUAUGGCCCCUGAUGCUAGAUUUAACGAUGGAAUAAUCCACCUCUCAUUUAUUAAAUCAGGGAUUCAAAAGGGGGAACUACUUCAGCUGAUGAGCUUGUUAGAGAAAGGAACUCACAUAGAUUUUCCCUCACAGUAUAUCGAGAUGGUGAAAUGUCUCGCAUUUCGUUUAGAACCGGAAGGAAAAGAGGGAAUAAUUAUGGUGGAUGGGGAGAGAGUGGAUUACGGCCCCUUGCAGGGACAGGUGCUACCUGGGGCGUCAAAUCUAAUGGCGAUACAGUAAACUAGAGUGGGGUUUUAGGGAUAGGUUUGGGAUGCAUUAUGUUGCACAAAGGUUAAACGCAUUGGGUGCAUUUGUAUUUUUUACACAAGGGUAAUUCUGUUAACAUUGUAAGAGUGGCAAAGGUGGAAAUGAUGGUUAUAGGGUGUCUACUUAAAGGCACACAAUACCGGUUGAUGCAAAAACAAUAAUUUUAAUCUUAAAUACCUAAAUAUUUUUUUUGGUUUUGAUCAUUAAAGUCAAAUGAGUUAAACACGAUAAUGGAUUAAAAAAAAAAAAAAAAUAUUGAUUCAACCUAUAUUGUGCGCCUUUAAUUACUGAUAGUAAAGGACUGGUAGAGCUUUGGAAAUGAUGUCAGAGUAUUAUUAUUUUUUCUUAAUUGGGUUGUGAAUGGAUAUGCAAGAAAAUAUUGAGCAGAUAUACUUGUUUUAUGUUAGCGUUGUGAUAAAAAAUAUAAAAAUGGAAUGCUUUUUAAGUUUGCUCAAAGUAAAAACUUUUUUUAUAAGGUUCAAUUUUGUCUCAGUUUGUGUUCACAAGCUUCUUAACGAUAACUUACACAUUUUUUGUUCAAUGUUUGUAAAAUUAGAUUUGAUUUGAAUCUAUAAAGAGUGAAUACAUGUUGGUAUUCAGAAGAUAAUACAGUGCCAUGCCAAAAGUGAGUGAAUUUUUUCAAUGGCUGCCAUGUGCUCUUGAAGAUUACUUCAGUUAACGGUUAAUCCCUUCAUUUGAAUUUAUGUUUCAGAGGAGUAUAGCAGGACUAUAAGAUUAGGCGCCCUUCAGUUAUUCUACAAGUAAACUUUUUUAUUAAGCAGCCAUUAAAAAAAAGUUCACUCACUUUUGGCAUGGCGCUGUACCUAGUAUGGAUAUCAUUACACAAUAGUUUGGACUGAAAGAGUUAAAAAUGAAAUACUAAAAUUAGUACUUGAAGAAUCACAUUUAAUUUAUUGCCAUAGAUUUGCCAUAUUCAUCAUUAUUAAAGCGUUUCUAUUUUUUCCAAUGGGCAUUCAUUAUAUUGUAACAUUCCAUGAAAUUAUAAACCAAUACAAGGAAAAUGAAAAGUAUUUUUUUUUUAAAGAUUUUUUUAUGCAUAAAAAAAUUCUUAUUAAGCAAGCAUUCUAUUUUCAUUAUCUCUUGAAAUAUUUUACUGAUUUUGUCGUUGUAUUUAUAAAAUUUAUCAAGAAUGCUCUUUUUGCAUCUUGACCUUUUCGUAUGAUAUGCGCUAUAAGCUUUUUUUUGAAUUUUGAUAAUUUUGAUAUAUAGAGGAUUUUUGUUUGUUUCAGUUUAAGAUAUGGAAUAUAUUUCACCGAGUGAGCACUUAAAGUAAUAUUUACUUUUGGUGUUCACAAGGUGAUAUAUAAUGCUAUCUUACAUUGAAUUAAUUAUUUUUUUCUUUUUAUUUCAUGCUUAUAAUUUCACAAAAAUGGAAUUUAAUUGAUCUUUAAUAGGAAAAGCGCACGAAAAUUUAAUCAAAUGACAUCAAACAAGGAACAAAAAUAAAUGAAAUCAUUGCAUUUUCUUCCCGGCAUUGUAUGCAUUUAUGUUACCAUUUUUACAAUGAAACGGGUAAAAUCUGAGAAAACAGUGAAAUUAUAUUUUGUUAAACUGACUGUUUCAAACAGUGAGUUUAUUAAGAUAUAAUCCACCAUUGUAUUUCAAUAAACCAGUCGAAAUUCAUGGGCUACAUUUGGGCUUUCUCAUUGCAGAUAGCUGUGACAAUGUUGUUUUUUUAAGAUUGAUUUUUGGGGGGUUUUGAUAUUUUUUAGUCCAGUUGUGAUUAUUGAUAUUUUAAUGAAAGACAAAUAUCCCUGUUCUUAUUUUCUUAUUUGGAAUGAGAACAGUUCAAGGGACUUGUUAUAUUGCAUCCAUCAGAUAUCACUGAUAAAAAAUAAUUGAGGCCCUCAUAGUUCAUAUAUCCAGAUAUAUUUUUAUUAAACAAUGGACACAACUUAUUGACAACUAUUUUCAAAACAGCUAAUCUACAAAUAGAUUUGAGCAGGGCCUCUCAAAGUAUGUCGUAAUUAUGAUCAUGAAUUUGUGCAUCUAACAAUAAAAAUUAUACAUGCGCUGUUUUCAUUAGAUAUAGAUGUAAAACCAAUCUUAGGGAUAUUUGUCUGUAAAGGGACUAGACACCAGAUGAAUGCAAAAUCAGCAAAUACAGUAUUUCCUCAAAACAAGCCUAGAAUUGUCAAUGCUAUAGACUAAGCCAGUAGGAGGCCAAUAAUACAUCAUUUUACUUGAUAAAAAGAAUAAACGCAACAAUCAUGUUGCUGUCCCAUCUGUGUUUCCCCUUUUAAAAAAUGGUACAUAAUGGUUUAAUUAAACUAGUUUAAAUCAUAUCUGUUUAUGAGUACAGAUAAAUAAUCCAAUGUUUUUAAACUUACUGGGAUUUACAUGGUAGACAACCCCAGUAAAUUUCAUAUUAAAAAAAUGCGCAAAAAAUGCGUAAGAUGCGUGUUUCAUAAGCAGUGUGACUCAUCAGUAAGAUAUAAUGAGUGGUACACAUCGAUAUUAAUUUUAUGUAAGUUUUUGACAAUCUUCCUUUUUCUUGCAACUGUAACAUCUGGUGUCUAGUCCCUUUAAAUUAAUUAGAACCAUUUUAUACCUCUUACUUGAUCAAAGACACAAUUUUUGUCAAACUACUCAGUGUACAAUAUUUGUUGAGCAUCAGAGUGGAGGGGUUUAUUAUUUGCAAUUGUGUAAUAUAUGGAUCAGACUAACACUAGGCAUUUUAUAGUAGGACUGAAUAUGGUAUUCAAAUAGACAUUGGACUGUGAACAGUGUUUAACAAAACAACAGAAGUCUGUUGUUCUGACGAGAGUAUCAUUGUUAGGUACUUGACAUUCCCCGUCUAUUGACACAUAUUUUAUUCAAGAUUACUUCCUUACUUUUUAUAAUGGCGUAUAAAGUGGCUCAAAAUAAACAAUAUAACAACAGCAUCUUAUGAAAUAUAGCAGACAGCUGUAUAUUUAUAGCCAUAGCUGUAAUUGUAUCCAAGGUAUGGCUACAUCUGUACAUUUAUAGCCAUAGCUGUAAUUCAUAGCUGUAAUUGUAUUCCAAGGUAUGGCUACAUCUGUACAUUUAUAGCCAUAGCUGUAGUUGUAUUCCAAGGUAUGGCUACAUCUGUACAUUUAUAGCCAUAGCUGUAAUUGUAUCCAAGGUAUGGCUACAUCUGUACAUUUAUAGCCAUAGCUGUAAUUCAUAGCUGUAAUUGUAUUCCAAGGUAUGGCUACAGCUGUACAUUUAUAGCCAUAGCUGUAAUUCAUAGCUGUAAUUGUAUUCCAAGGUAUGGCUACAUCUGUACAUUUAUAGCCAUAGCUGUAAUUGUAUCCAAGGUAUGGCUACAUCUGUACAUUUAUAGCCAUAGCUGUAAUUGUAUUCCAAGGUAUGGCUACAUCUGUACAUUUAUAGCCAUAGCUGUAAUUCAUAGCUGUAAUUGUAUUCCAAGGUAUGGCUACAUCUGUACAUUUAUAGCCAUAGCUGUAAUUCAUAGCUGUAGUUGUAUUCCAAGGUAUGGCUACAUCUGUACAUUUAUAGCCAUAGCUGUAAUUGUAAUUCCAUGAUAUAGCAACAUAUGUAUAUUUAUAGCCAUAGCUGUAAUUCAUAGCUGUAGUUGUUUUCCAUGGUAUAGCAACAUAUGAUUAUUUAUAGCCAUAGCUGUAAUUCAUAGCUGUAGUUGUAUUCCAAGGUAUAGCUAUACAGCUGUAAAAUAUAUCUCUAGCUAUUCUUUGGGCUCCAUUAAUGCAGCUACAGCUGUAUACUAACAACAGCCUGUUGUAUUUUAAAGCCAUAAAUAUACCUUCAGGCUGUAAUAUUUAGACAGUUGUUGGAUUUUAUUUAUAGUUGCAGCUGUAAAUUACAGCUACAGGUAUAAAUAUACAGCUGUAGCUGUAGUUUCAAAACAUUUGCAGGCAUAACAUACAGCAGCAGCUAUAAAACACAGCUGUCACUAUAAAUUUACAGUUAUAGCUAUAUUAUUUGUCAUAAUAAGUUAAGUUUUGAGCCGGUUGGUACGCCAUAUUUAAAUGCUUAUAUACAAAGUCUAAUUGUAAAUGUCCUUCAUAAGUCCCCAUGUGUUCUGUUGAUUGUUGUUGAUUGGUGUUGUUUUUGCUGAUUCAAGUGUUUUUUUUUUCUUUUCCAAGUCUGACCUUUACUUAUCCCGUAUUUUUAAGUAUGAUUUUCAUGUAAGUGGUAUAUAUAACAUAACCUUAUGAUUUAGGUCAUUAACUAAAUUAUCAUUUGGGCAUAUGCUAAUGGUUAUUAUAAAUUAACCAAUGUUUAUGAGUGGUGUAAGUGUGAUAACAAAUUAUUGUAAAUCAUAUAGACAAUUAAGGAAACCAAAUAACAAAAAUAUUGUCAUUUUAUCAAGCCUUUGGUAAAAAUGUAAAUUUUUAAUUUAUCCAUUUUGCAAUCUUUCAAUCAUGUAUUAAUUUUUCAGUGAAUUUUUUACAUAUUAUUUUUCUACUCAUUAAAUCCUUUCAAACGGUAAAAAUCACAAAAUUGUACAUGAAAUUUCUUAAGCUGUAAUGAAAUCUGUAUACCCAGGGUCCCUAUAUAUAUAUUGCGUUAGAAAAAUCUAUAGUUCUAAUUCUUUUAUAAAGCUGUCUCUUAUAAACUCAUUAUUUUAAAAAAGAAACAAUAAUUGAAGUUUGUUGUCUUUGAAAGCCAUUUUUGUUGAAAUCGGAAGGAUUUGUCUUUAAGUAUACUAUUUAUUUCUAUUUCAUAUUUCUAUGAUCAUGUUUCUAGUAACAAUUGCAAUAUGUUUUCUUCUUGUUAUCAACUUGUAUUUAUAAGUAUUGUCUGUGAUCAACUUAAAUAUAACACGAAUUUCGUUUUCCAGCGAAAUGAAAAAAACACUCAUUUUUUUACACUGUUCAUUAAGACUGUUAUAAAUGGACAAAUUGUAAUAUAAUAUAAACACGUUUUACAGUGUACAAAUUGUAUUAUAAAAUGAACACGUUUUACAGUGUACAAAUUGUAAUAUAAAAUGAACACGUUUUACAGUGUACAAAUUAUAAUAUAAAAUGAACACGUUUAACAAUGUACAAAUUGUAAUAUAAAAUGAACACGUUUUACAGUGUACAAAUUAUAAUAUAAAAUGAACACGUUUAACAAUGUACGAAUUGUAAUAUAAAAUAACCAUGUUGUACAUGAAUUCCAAGGAGCCUUGUAAAGUUUCGUCUCGGUUUGUACGAAAAAUUAGUUCACAUGUUUUUUUUACUGCACAGCGAGGACAUCUCAUUGAUAUAAGUUUUAACACUUUCUUAACUUGUUUAAGUAGUUUGACGACAAUUUGUUUUGAACAUUAUGUGUCACGCAUGGCGUGAUGUUAUAUAACAGAGUCAAUAACUAUGUUUUGAACUUCAGCUAUAUUCACCUCAUUUAUAUCAUAGCAGUUUAUUACUGAACUCUUUUUAUUUGAAAUAUUAAGCGUAGUCAUGUAUUUAUGAAGUUGCUAAGAAAUCCUGAGUCAUAUUCAAAAUUGGUCAUGCAUGCUUACAUUAAUUUUUCCAAAAUAGGGAAUAAUUAAAACACGUAAUUUGUAAAAUCUUUAUGAUCAAGAAAGGUGGGUAAAUGCAGUAAGCCAGCCAUUCUUAGUCAUUAACAUUUUACAUAAUUCCAUGUUCUAAACUGACGUAGAAUAUGACAUGUUUUCAGCAGCACGGGACCAUUGUAUUAAGGAUUUUAGUCAUAACUUUAGUAUUUUUAAAUCUGUCAGAUCACCACAUAUUGUAUAUAAAUCAAUUUCUCAACUUUGUUUUCAACUCCGAUACCGGCUAAAAUUUAACUGACUUGUACACAAAAUCAUGGUGCUUACAUGAAGUUAUGCCAGUAAUUAUUUCAUUGGAUAUCGGGCUUGACGAAUAUUUUCUACAUAUCAUUAGAGUUGUGAAUCAAAGCCGUGCUUUGUGCUCAAAUUUAAUUUAUUUAUGCAAGAUUACAUGUAUGAGUAUGAUUGUGUAAUAUUUAAUGAAGAAUUGUUAACGUGGAUAAAAGAUGAAUAUUUUGUUGAUUUUAACGAUAUAGCUUAAUGAUUUAAAUUUUAAUUGUAAAAUUCCACUAAAAUAAAAGAAAAUGAUUUGGCUGUUUUCUGUUUAGACAAUUAAUAAAAAAAUGUUAAAUUUAAUGUUAUGUAUUGUUGAAAGACUCAACAGAAAUUACUUCAUGCAAUGUUAAUGUUAUAUUUAUGUUGUGUGUUUGUUUAUAACAAAUUAGGGCUGGACUUCAUUUUUUUUUUAAGCAGAACACAUACUGUAACAAAGUACAAGUCAAAACAUGCUUUGUCAUUGUUAUAAAAUAUUCAGCCAUCAGAUUGUUUUGUUAAUGUUGACAGUGCUGGUCAUACUGAUAAAAUCCAUGAUGAAACCUGAAAUAGAUAUUUAGCUCAUCUUUUUUAUGUUAAAAGGAUAUAUUUAUUAUAGCCGUGGUGCUGUUGUUGUUAUCAUCGUCGUAGCAAAACCUUUUAUCUUAGCCAUAACUAAAAAAACUGAUUCAACUGAAACUUGGUACACAUGUUUCCAGAGGCAUUCAUUACUCUUUCUUAAAUAAUUGUCAAGAAUUGCUCCUGUCAGCAUGGUAAAAAUACAACAGACUAGCGUGCUGGUUUGCUUUGCAGUGCUCUUUUUAAAAUCAUUUGGAAAUAUUUUAUUGAAUUGUAUCAUGUAUUUCAGUGGUGUAUCAUGAUUUUAUAUUGAAUCUAGCUGAUCAAAACUGUCAGUGCUGUCAAGUUUUAACCGCAAUGACCUGUAAUGUUAACUACAUAAAGCCACAUGAAAAUCUGUACAUUUGUCUAAUUUAUUAGUAAAAGUAUGUCCUCCCCAGGCUAUUUUUUUGCACAUUAUUUUAUUGGUUCGUUGAUUUCGUAAUUAAGGAAGAAGUCAAGAAGUACAUGUACCUCCCCCUCUCCUCGAGGCCAGUGUUGCACAUUUUAUUGGUUCAUUGAUUUCGUAAUUAAAGAAGAAGUCAAUUUAGUUUUUCUACAUCAAUUUAAAUAUUCUUAUUUGUGAGUCACCCAUAAAAUGAUGAUCUUUUUCAUCAAAUUUAAUUUUAAAUACAAUUGUAAAACAUGAUGUAAGACUUUAACCUUAGGCCUGUUGCGUUAUUGUUGUUGUUGUUUUUUUAUGUUAAAUUGAUUACAUAGUUAUUAUUGUUGUUUUUCUGUAGCAAUGAGGAGUCACUUUUUGUAAAGGCAAACUUGAUUGUUUAAUGCAUGAUUAUUUUUUUUCACUUUAUCUGUCUUAAUAUCGUGGUUGUGUCCUUGUGUUUUUGUUUUCUGUUGUAAUUUAUGUGCUUUUGUUGUUUUCUGUUAUAUUUUUCACUUAACAGAUGUUUUGUUACUUAAUUGAUUUGUAAAGAUAAAUUGUUAUUUUUUAAAUAUCUUUUCAGACGUAUAUGUGCCAAUUAUAUAAAAUGUAGUGAUACUAUAAAAGGGAGCGAAUGACGCAUACCGGAAUUUCAUUUAAGAGUUUUGGCAUUAUUUCCCUUCUCGUUAUUGCAGAUGUAGUUUCAUAGAUAGAUGAUGUGUUUUUGCGUUUGCCAGAAUUGGAUAACUGCUGUUUUAACUGGUGCUGGCUAAUCGAAUACUAUGUAAAAAAAAAAUUAUUAUGACAUUUCAAAAUGGUACUGUCAAAUUUAUACUGUUUUAUCAGAAUUAUAAUUACACAAUUAUUUUAGAUCUUUACAAAAGGUUAUUUUAGACUUUAAUUGAAAAAAUAUGACUUGAAGGUUGAAUGAAAAUAACUAUGCAUCAUAAGGCAUCACCACACGAUUUAUUUUUUUACUAAUGUACUUUAGUGGUCAACAUUUUAUUUUGUCCAAUGAGAAGGCAGUAUUUCUCUAUUUUUCCAAAACAUGUAUUUUAGUAAAUCAACAUUCAGCCAGUAUUGAUUUUAAUCAGGUAAAAGGAUAGUUAUAAACAGUGGCUGGCCCAUUUUGUAGGUAGUUUACACAGUAAAGUGUAGACCACUAAAAAGAUUAAAGAUUGUUAGUAUGUACCAACAGAAAAGAAAUGGUUAUGAGAUCCUGUCAAAUCAAACAAUUUAUUUUUGUAAGUACUGUGUACGAUUCUAACAACCUUUAACCAUUACUCAGUGUAUAACAUGAGACCAUAUCAUUUUAAAUUGUUAAACAAAGACAAAAAUUGAUCCUACACUGAACAAAAUGAAUAAAUGUAUGAUUUUUUGUGCUUUCACUUAAAUUUUUUAUAGUAAUCAGAAGACAUAUCUGUUAUAUAUAGAUAUAUUAUUCUUUCACUUAAAGGAGAAUUAUACAGUCUUUUAAACGAAUGCAUUGUAUAGAUUUUUCUUUAAAAUGCAAUAUUGGUGCACUAUUAAUGACUAUUUGUGUAUAUCAGAGUAUAAUACAAAAAUGAUUUUGUCUGUAAGAAAUAAACAAGAACUAACUUUUGGUCUUAUUUCUCAAGGAGAAUUGAAACAACUAUCUGCUGGAUAUUUCUCAAAUUUGAGAACUUUACUUCCAUGAGUAAAUUGAUUUAAGACAAACAGUUUUCCUGAAGUAAAAUAUUGUAAAAUGCUCAAAAUUGUAUAUACCACAGUAAUUUUGUGAUAUAUAUGAAUGAAUAUCUAACAGAAAUAAGAUAAUUAUUUGAAACUCGUAAAACUCGUGAGAUCAAGAUUUAGAAUUUUGUAAAAAAAAAUUGUGUGUUUAAUUUUAGUAAUUAAUUUUAGAAAUUAAGUAAGCUUGCACUUAGAUUUUGUCAAAUUGUGUAGCAUUAAAUUGGAUACAUUCAUGGUUAUAUGAAUAUUUUGUAAAGACGAUGUUAAAGAUGAAUUCACAAAUAAUGGCUAAUGUUGAUAUUUAAUUAUGUGGAGUUAUGUGUUGGUUUAACAUGUAAAAAUGGAAAUCACAUAAUUAUACUAGGAAACAAUUGCAGACUUAUACAUAAAGUAUUAUAACAA